AUGGCUGGCUUCACGGAAAACGCGUUGAUUCGAAAACUGCAGGAUUUGAAUUCUAGCCAACAAAGUAUUCAAACAUUGUCACUAUGGCUUAUACAUCAUAGAAAACACCACGCUGCCGUAGUUAAAACAUGGUAUAAAGAAUUACUGAAAGUGAAAGAUAGUAAACAGCUUACAUUUAUGUAUCUGGCUAAUGAUGUUAUACAAAAUAGCAAGAAAAAAGGUCCUGAAUAUGGAAAGGAGUUUGGUGAAGUAUUAGUAGAUGCAUUUAAACUUAUGGCAAAAACUGGUAUCAAUACAAAAACUAAACAUUCCCUGCAUAGGAUAUUGGGUAUAUGGGAAGAGAGAGGGGUAUAUGAUGCAAAUAAAAUUCAAGAAUAUAAAGUUGCUGUUGAUCCAAAUGAUGCUAUUCCAAGUAAAGUUAGCAAGAGAAAGUCCAUAGAUACAGAGCCAAAAGACCCAGAGAAGAAACCAAAGUUGGAGAGCCGGGAAAAGGGUGAGAAAAGAAGGUAUAGUGAGACCAAGGUUGAAGUGGAUGGAAAAAUUGAAACUCACAUCACACUUAGCCCAAAGACACCUCCUGGUGACCCACCAGAACCUGAAGAACUUAUUAAGGCAUUGUUAGAAUUGGAGUCUAGUGCCUCAAGCGAUGAAGCAGUGCGGGAAAGAAUCGCCUCCCUCCCACCGGAGGUCUCCGAAGUGCAAUUAUUGUCGAAAUUGGAAGAUAAAGAGGCAGCCCUAAACCUUAGUACAGUAGUUAAUUCGGCGGUGGAACUACUCGCCGACUACAAUUUACGUCUCGCAGACGAACUCGACAAAAGGCGGAAAGUGGCUGGCAUGUUGAGGGACUUCGCCCAAGCGCAACGCGAUCUUGCCAAACACGCGGAAGCCAGACUUGAGGAAUACAACAUAAAACUCCAGAAGUUGUAUGCUGUGAAAGCGGAAGUGAAAUCUCACAUUGAGAGCCUUCCCGAUGUUUCCCGCCUUCCAGAUGUAACAGGUGGUUUAGCGCCUCUACCCUCCGCCGGGGACUUAUUUAGCAUUUAG